CAGCUUCUAGCGGCUUGCGGCGCUGCUUCCGGAACGCCGUCUCAUGCGGCGCAUACAGCGUCUCGAGCUCUGUAACGCAGUCGUUAACGACCCCGAAGACGAGCGUUGAGUUGUUGGCGUCGGCCCAAAAUUCAGCAAUAGCCGCAGCGUGUUCUGGGCCGCUCCCACCGCCUCCCGCGUCCUUGGAAGACCCAGAGAGAAGCGACUGUACUGCUACCGCGAUGUUGCCUCCUGACGCGCCGUCCGCUCCCGGCGUGUGCUUAAGGAAGUCCAAUAGUGUGCGCAGACGCUUGCGCGGCGGCCGGUCGGACGCGAAGAACUUGGCCAGACGCUUGAGCUCCGCCGACGGCGCCUUGGCGUCCGCCACGCGCUUGGACGAGUCCAUUGCGGGCGCGGGCAAGAAAAAGUGAACUGAGUGCGGGCAAGGGGAAAACGACUAAGUUGCGCGAAGAGCGCGAUGCGCAACGUAACUUUUGGGAAGGAAUAUAAGGUGGACCACAUGAAUUAAGGAAGUUGUGGCAGUAGUGAUAUUGUGGUGGUUGUACAGUAAUCGGGCCAGAUUACAUUCUUACUAACAAGAACUAAAAAUGGCUUUGGGAAAAGCUCGAAACCACUGGCUUCGAGGUACGAGUUGUUUUGUCGGUCAUGCGUGGAGUCUGAACGAUGCCGCAUCGCAAAGUUUACGCGGCGACUGUGGACGCUGCAAAUCUCCAUGAGCACGAGCUGGAGGCCGCAACCGGAGACCCGCUCAUUCCACCUGAGCGCGGCGAUUUCCAACUUUCCAAGCGUUCUACCGUCAAGACCCGUUCCAGGUUAUCCAGUAAACAAUUCAUUCGAGCAUGUCGACGCUUCUACCGUCGCAUUUGCCGUCCUGUUAUUAAAUUAUACAAGAAACUACCGUGGACUACGCGAGAGACUCUACGCGUACUCAUCAGCCUGUAUGUCGCGCUCUACCUUUUCCUGACAAUACCGUUCCGGAUCGCGUUCUACUAUGAACCUUUAGAAACACAUGUAAGACACCAAUGGACCAAGGAGCUGAGCAUCUUUACGACACUAGACAUCGUCGCAGACGUCAUCGGGCUAUUAGAAUUCGUGAGCUUUUAUCAGAUCUGGAAGGACGCGUUCUCGCAGCUCUCAGCGUCCGUAAGCUUUGAACUCAACAAGAAAUUGACGCGAGAUGCGAAUCGAUUAAAAACACCGAAGAUUCUGACCCGCACAGCGUCUACCGGACUGCGGAGAGGGAAAGCCAAGUGGACGAUCGCGUCGAUCGGACCAUUGUCGUCGAUUCCUGGGGCUGGGAUGGAUGAUUCCAGUGCACAUCGUCGAUUCGUAUUGAUGCGGAAUAUCGAGUUAAUGAUGGAAGUUAUAGGAUUACUGCCCACGGAGGUAAUACCUUUGUCGUCGGGGGCAUACAACACGCUGCACUUGGCUCGGAUCACGAAACUCGGAAGGAUUUACCGCUUACGACAGUGCUUUGAGCGAUUCGCUAGCAUUUAUUCCGAUCGGUCUUGGGUUCAACAUCUCAGUUCAACCGGUAUCGACAGUCUGGUACGGAAUAUUGGGAUGUGUGCGGGUUUGUGUCACUACGUGGCCUGUGGAUAUAUGCUACUCGCACACGCACAAUGUGGUCUCUCAUUUGAGGCUUGCGACGAACAUGUGGAGACGAGUUGGGCCAUCCGAGAUCGACUUUCUGGGGCCACGGUAGCUCGCAAGUACGCCCGCACGCUGUACUGGGCAUCGCGGACGAUAGUUUUGCUUGGGUAUGACGAUGUGACCCCAGUGUCGGAUGGAGAGACGGUGUAUGCGUUGGCUGUGAUUCUUAUUGGAGCUCUCUUCGGAUCGUCACUUUUGGCCACGUUUCUCUUUAUUUUUCGCUUCCGGAAUGCACGGUACGCUGCGUUUGCGACCCACGUGGACAACGCUCGCGAGUAUAUGCGCUCUCAGAACAUCACACGGGCGGUACGACAUCAGGUUAUCGAGUACUUCAGCUACUGUUGGAGUACACACCACAGUCUUGACAGCGAGGAGGCACUUCAUUUGAUGCCCAAACACUUGCAAACGAAGGUUAUUUCCACUCUCAAGGCGAGUCGUGUCAAGCAGGUGUGCUUUUUAAUGAAGGAGAGCGUCGAAUUCAUCAAUUUACUCGCUCUCGCACUUGUACGACGCGUAUAUUCGCCCGCAGACCAGAUCACGGAACCUAAAUUCAACGCUCAGAUGUUUUUUGUGAUCCGCGGUACAAUUGUGCUCUCAGCAUUUAACGGUUCCAACGCUAAGGAGUGUCAGACUGGAGACUUUUUUGCAGAUAGCUGUCUACUUUUUCCUGAGAAAUUUGAAGAAAAAGCUGUGGCUAAGACGUUCUGCGAGCUCUAUGUGCUCGCCAAGGCGAAAUUUGACGAAGCUGUGACGCAUUUCCAUCGUGGGAGCGAGCCAGAAGUGCGAGAGCGAAUGACUGAGACGUGGAUCAAGUACUCUACACAGCUGCAGAAGACCAAGAAGCUGCUGGGAUUACGUGGUGGCCACGAGAACGGACGAAGGAACUCGCAUAGUGGGAGUACACACAGCGUUGUUAACAAUGACGUUACCAGUGAUAGAAAGCGUGGUGUAAGCUGGCAGCUACCAGGCUCGGUUUUCCGUGUAUAUUGGGAUACAGUUCGCAUGUUCGCGAUUGUGUACGUCGCGUUUGAAGUGCCCUUCUAUUCUGUGUUUAUCGCCAUGACGGAUGACCAAGGCAUGUUCGCUGAGGAGCCCGAGUUUGGCUUGCGUUACGCCCUUACGUUGAUGGCUGAAAUGUUUUUCGCGGCUGAUCUGGUGCUUCGCUCUCGAUAUUUCGCGUAUUUGGAUCACAGCGUGAUGCUGGAGGUCGUUCAACCGAGCAUGAUCUUUGCUGCGUAUCGAGCUAGCGGCUUUUAUCUCGAUCUUUUGGCAUGGCUACCUGUUGGAAUUGUGCUCGAUUCGUUACCUAUUGAUCCAAUUCGAGGACGUUUGUCGCUUCUCCGCUUACUUCGACUAGUACGGGUACGAGAACUUCCCGGUUUGUUGCGAAACAUUAGCGACUAUCACAGUAUCAGCUCGAAAACGCAUCUCGUUCUGUCACUGCUACUGGGUGUGACUCUGAUGCUUCAUAUCGUUGGAUGUGUGUGGUUCGAAAUGGCUUGGACUAUACAAAGAACGACACUUGAAGACUAUACUGAACACGAUAUGGCAGAUCUAUCACGCGCAGAUUGUCUGCAGUAUGCUACGCAGUUUCAGAAUUGCUCGUGGGUAAAAUACGACUGCUACGCCCACAUCGGUGCAGUGUUUCCUCUCCAAGACCCUUCUUCAAUGUACAAGUACCCGUUCGCUUACUUGCGCUCUGUUUACUGGGCCAUCGUGACCCUUACGGCUGUGGGGUAUGGAGAUAUCGUUGCAUACUCGACUGCAGAGAGCUACUUCGCUGCAUUCUGGAUAUUUGUGGGCGGUAUCAUUAACUUUGGCGUUGUCGGAGCCAUGUCAAGCACCAUUUCGAACGUCAUGGCAACAAGACAUCAUCACGUUGAGAAGCUGAACACGCUCAAUAGUAUUUUGGAACGCAUGGAUAUCUCUGAAAAGUUAAGUGGAGAGAUUCGACGCUUUUAUCACCACCAGUUCGUGGAGCACAAGCGUGCGUACGAGUCCCAAUUGUUGUCGCAUUUACCUGACCAGCUAUGCUAUCAGAUCUCCUCUCUUCUGCACUCUGAAGCUGUGAAAAGCAUCUCACUCUUUGACUCAGCUAGCGUGGAAUUUCUUCACGAAAUAACUGGAAAAUUCCGCCAUCGCAGCUUCCAGCACGGCGAGACUAUCUGCCUUGAAGGUGAUAUUUGUCGAGAGUUUUUUGUUUUCUUACACGAAAGUAAAGUCAACGUAUUUUAUCAUAUCCGGAAGGUGCCGAUACGUGCGCUGCACCAAGGGGAUUGCUAUGGUGUGAGUGAGUUUCUCCUGCGUAAAACAUACACAGCUACGCUCACUGCUGCCUCGCUCGUGAAUGCUUCUGUCAUGAGUCGCGAGCAAUUCGACGUUAUUCAGCGCAAAUUCGCUAGUGAUCUGAGUGACGUGAAGGAGGAGGCGCAGAUCUUGUGGCUGGAUCAGCAGAAAAGGAUGCGUCGAGUGGUAAAUAACCUCGAGAGACUGAAGUUACAGCCGCAUAUGAUGCAGACAACGACGCUCUUCUCCCAACACGAUACGAUGGUAACCAUGAACGGAAAGAACGGGAAAGCGAUCGUACGUGACGCUGACACGAGACGCACCACGUUUACGAGCGCUUGGAACGCAGUCAUCACGUGCUGGAAUAUCUACAAUGCCUUCUUCAUCAUAUUCCGGAUCUGUUUCCACUCACAUUUGCAUUUUUACGCUGGUACAAGUACCGUCGUGUGGGUGGCAGAUCUCGCGUGUGACUGGUGUUUCGCACUGGAUAUUUACUUACGGCUGUUCUACUUUGGAUGUCCUGAGGUGGGUUUUGAAAAUCUAUUUACCCGACAAGAAAAAGAUACGCAUUACCUCCACAGCUCGACGUUUAAAUGGGACUUGCUAGCGUCUUUACCGCUGUACGCUCCAGUUGCUAGUGGCUCCAUAACUGCCAGCCUGUGGCGACUGCCUCGACUCGUUCGUUGUGUGGAUCUCUUUGUGUAUUUGGACGACGUUAUCGUGCAGAUCCAGCAGCAUUUCGCGUCUCACAAUGUGUCUGCGUAUCUAAGUCCAGCAAAGCUGAUGAUCAUUCUUGUAUUGGCCGCUCACUUUGUCGGGUGUGUGUUUUUAUUGAUAUCUGAGCGCGAGUGUGAGCAUGUGGAGCAGUGUUGGAUGGAGCAUGACCAUUUACUACACGAGUAUCAUCACUCGGUGCCAAUACUUUACGCUAAAACUUUCUAUUGGGCGAUUACGACUUUGUUGCUUGUGGGGUCUAGAGAAAGUGUACCUCGUGAUACGGCGGGUACACUGUGGACAAGUAUCACGUGUCUGGUCUGCACAUUCAUCAUCGGCCACAUCGUGGGUGAAAUUUCAGAGCUUAUCUUGGAGCUGGGCAAGGAGACCAAGCACUACAAGAGUCGCAUUGCGAGUUUCGAGAGCUUUGCCAAGGAGCACAAUCUCCCCACUACAUUACGAGAGCGUGUCGGAUUCUUCUUUCGGCUGCAAUUUGAGCACACCGAAGGGCUUGACUUACACAGUACAGUGCACGAUUUAUCCGCCAAUCUUCGACUCAAGCUCAUGCUAGAAAUUUAUGGACGCUCUAUCUCGUUGUUACCAAUUAGUCGCUUCCUUACUCCGUCGCAGAUCAAUAAUUUGGCGUUGCGACUGCAGUCCGAGCUCUUCAUUCCAGGUGACAAUAUCCUAGUGGAAGGAACGUAUGGGAGUCGAUUAUGUACACUACGCAAAGGAGUGGCCGCUGUCUUCUGGACCAGCUCAGUGACUAGUGUAGCCAUCCUUAUGGAGGGAGCUUUGUUCGGUGAGGUCGCCUUCUUUCUCUCUGGUCAACGGAGACUGGCGACUGUGAAGGCGACGACGUCGUGUGAAGUUCUGUAUGUUACCAAACACGAUUGGAGAGAACUAUGGACGACCGACGGUGAUCUGUCGGAUACUCAAGUACAGAAGCACGCGUUGUAUUCCAUUCUCGACUGGGUUCAUGGUCGACUACUGCGCUACCAGAGAGCUAGUUUACGCACCGCCAAGAAGGCCAAACGCCUGCUAGCAACUCGUCAAACGCAGCAGGUUACGACUGAGAAUCGAGGAGCAAAAGCAAGACUUUCAGGCUCACCGUCUGUUAUCCCGUUGCUUACGAAGAAGGCUACUAGUCGGUUGUCUUUGUUCUCGGAGGUCCAACUACUUGAGAAGAAGACGCAGUAUAUUUUACUAAAGGCAGAUGCGCUAGCCAACAAAUUCCACCAAGCUUUGGCUGCUCUCCAUGCGCGGCGACGAAUCUCCUCGGCUGUAUCGAUCCGCAGCACACGUCUCAGUAUCUCGCGCAAGAACCGUGGUAACUCGAAUGAAAUGAAUCGCAGUACAGUGGGGGACGUCGUGGCUCCUAUUCACCAGACCAGCAAUACUAAAAAGGAUAUCCACGCUCUACAGUUCAUAGUCGACCUAAAUCCAGUCAACAAACUGGUGCGCGAUAGUUUACCUACCAGACAUGUGCGUCGUCUGGAGACAGAGAGCUGGACGAGCUUCAAAAUCCUGGCUGCAGUGCAACACACGGUCCGUAAAUUAAUGGACGAGCUUAUCCCACCUGAGACAGCGUCCAUGCGUGUGACCAUAGCGCCGAAUGCACAUGGUGAGCAUCGAUCGCACUCCAGAAUGUAUCAUGCAAGAAGGUUAACCAGACGCCAGUCAUCCUGUUCACCCGAUAAACCAAACAACCGUCGACCCAACGGAGCUCACUUCGGCGCAACUAGGAUCUCCAUGGUUGCCCAGACCAUUGGCUUAGGUGGUAAUGAUCCCAAACGUCGAUUCUCUACAGUUGCAACUCAAGACCAACAACUCGCUGGAGCUCCAGUAAUGACCACAAACGUCAAAAUGGUUCGUAGUCGUUCAUUGCCGCUGUUUGGGGGCAAAUACUUCGAAGAAUUGCACAAGGAAGGCGACAGGAACAUGAAAAGUCAUGACGGAUAUACCAGCCGAGCGACCAUAGACUUUGAGAUCAUCCAGCGUUGUCAGCGUCCUCAGUACACGGCUCAACUUCAAUGGUAUCAUCGGUACAGACGCUGGAAAAAUCGUAACCACGACGCGCGUAAACAGUCAGUACCGCGACGUAUUAACGACGCUAGAUGGUUGAGUUCUUCACUUCGGAGCACGUUGCAGUUACUAGAUCUAAAUCGCCGGACUAGCAAUGGGCAGCGUCCUUCAUUGAUAGGAAAAUUCCAGCUGCCCAGUGAUCAAAGUGAGACCAUCGAUCCCCGAUCUAGAGAAGUUAUCAAGCGAAUUAAAGAGCUGGGCAGACUCUGGGACAUCGGAAUGCUCAUGAUAGCGAUUUAUCACUCGAUCGUCACCCCUUUCAAGCUCUGUUUCGCGUCAGAUCUUACUGAAUUUUCUGGAUCUUCACUGAGAUUAUGGUCAGGGUUUGAAGUCUUCUUGGACAUCCUGUGCGUCUUCGAUGUUGGAUACAAGAUUCGCUAUGCUUCACUCACAGUCCACAGUGUCGGUACCAGUUUGGCGAAUACACACCAAGGUGGCUGGAGACGAAUAUUCACGUCCAAUCCAGCUCUUCGCUCUGAUAUUUUAGCCAUGUUACCGCUUGAAUUACUAUUAUGCGCAACUGAUAUACGGAUACCGGUAAGCAGCGAACACGCCACUGCGUCUUGGUGGACGACUCGAUGGUUACUACGGAUGAACCGGUUACUCCUUGCGCACAGGAUCGAGUCGUUAUCAGAGCAGUUUUUCCAGUAUAUGAUCUAUGAUCGCAAGAUUCCAGUGGAUGAGGCUUUCCUGUAUUUCCUGAAAGGGUUGGCUUCGUACGUCACCAUGGGUCAUCUCUUAGCGUGCAUCUGGUUUAUCACCAGUGAACUUGGGUUCCACCACUACGGAACAUCGUGGUUAUCCACCUCUGGCAUGUUAACGUUCAUUUCCGACGGGUCCACGGAAGUUGAACAUACUGCACGAAUGCUUAGUGAGAGUGUCACUACGUUUUACUUAGAGAGCGUGUCACUGACACGCAAGUAUCUUCGCUCCCUGCUGUUCUCGAUGGAGUGCAUCUCAACGCUGUUUUACGGUGAUAUUUUGUCCAUGAAUCCGUUGGAAUUAGUAGCAGAGAUUGCAAUCACGUUGUGGAGUAUAUACAUUUACGGUGCACUAGUUGGAGCUCAGGGUGAGCUACUGGAUGCACAAGCACGUCGUGAGGCUGCAUUCGAGCAGAGUUUGGGCGAGUUGCAGCACUAUUUGGUGGAGAACGAGGUGCCCAAGAAGCUUAAACGGCAGAUCAAGUCGUACUACGCACGAGUGUGGCGUCGUCGUAAAGGCGAAAAGGAGUUCGCUGCUGUGGCUCACGUUUCCCACACUUUACACGAAGACGUCGUGUUAGCAACUCUCCGUGGGUUUGCAGCGCGGGUCGCUGCGUUUCGCUCGUUGGAUGAGCAUUUCUUACGCGGAUUAUUGGUGUGUCUGCAGUACGUGGUUUGCUCCGAAGGCGAAGAAGUAGCCAUGAAAGGCGACGUUGACCGCAGCAUGUAUUUCAUCGCCCAAGGUCGAGUCCUGGUCAAGCUUGACUCCGGCGAGUCUAUCCGUGAACGUGGCGAGUUUUUCGGCGAAUUGGCGUUGCUUUACGGUGUUUCACGUCUCGAAACAUGCGUGGCUCUUGCUCUAACCGAACUCUAUCGACUGGAUCAUCAGCCGUAUGAGCAUUUGUUACAAGACUUUCCGCAGUAUCGUGAACGAAACAAACUCGCGUGGACGAGUCCAAAUACUGCGGCUCCUGACCGUGCCAUGCUUGAAGCACUGAUGAUCAACUUCCAGAGAGAUGGAGAUUCAAUACAGACACCUAUAGCUGUACCUGCUGUGAAAUUGGAUGACGUGGUGGCUAACGCUGAGCGGAUUAAUGCGGAUCUACCGUAUUCAUACAUCUACAAGUUCAUCAUGGAACUCCUGGCUCAGUUGCAGAGAGUUGAUCCAUUGGAAGCCAGAGAUCUCGUACUCCAGGGACGCGCAGGCGCUCGUAAACAACUUAAAGCGUUGCUGGGUUUGGCCACGUCUCGAGAAGAGAUUGCGAGGAAUGAGAUACCUGUACCUGAAGUACCAGAAGUAUCUGCACCUCCACCCCUCGGUGUCGAAAUGGUUAGCACAUUCCAGCCUCAAUGCAAAAAGGAACCGAAGGACCAACUCAAUGAUAAAUCUGUGGAUGGAUUUGCGACGAAGAGAAGGGGUACAGCCCUCGUGAACGAAGCGCUGCUUGUCCAGGAAUACCCGUGAGAGGUUUUCCAGCUCACGAGAUAUUGGUGAAUCUCUACUCAAAGUACAUAAAAGAAGGAGAACUAUUCCAACCGCAAAAGUGAAGUUUUCUUUUUCUUGGGUUUGAAUUGAGUAGCCACGCAGAACGCUGCUGGGCCCUUGCUGCAAAUUCAAAUAUCAAUGUAAGGAUACUUGCGUCUAUAUACUGGAGAGACGACUGCGGAGAAUGGCAGUCAUUCACGACACUAAUCAUCACUGCCUUCGAGGCUGAUGGGAAUUCGUCCUUUGCAACGGAUAGAAAUUCGCCAAUGUGUCCGCUGAUAGCGUUCAUCAAACCUCGAGCUAGCGGGUUUAAACGUUCGAGCUGACCGACGGAUAUCUCCAGCUCACUCAGUUCUCGUGUUGAUCGUAGCGUCUUAUCGACCAAAAGCCGCAAACAGGUGUCAAGGCUGUCAGCAUCGUCAGCUUCGUACAUUUCCAACGUCUUCAGGCCCCAUCGACGUAAUAGUUCGUUGUGUUUGGACACGAAAAUAGUGACAUUCUGCAGGUGGAGCUCUUCCAAGAGGGACACAAGGCGCAAGCUCACUUAAAUCGACUUUAACACGUUGAUUCCCCACACCGAGCCAGCCUUCUUGAAUACUCAGUGUCAAUGAACGAACAUCACCACCAAUAAGUUUUAGCAAAGCAUCGAGUACAUCGCCACUUUCUACUUGAGACAAAUCUAGUUCCAGCGAUCCAAGAUUUGGGAUGUGAGCGACUACCUCAUCGCUUAAAUCUGCCGUGGCAUCCGGUACAAACUUGCUCCGAUUAUCUGCUUUUGUCGUGCAAAUCCCAAAACCAGGAAGAAUAAAAUCCACGUUUUUCGUUGCGUUAUUAUAGCGCGCACGGCAACGACAUUCGUGCGUUAACAUCAAGCCCAUGCUAUCGUUCUCCAUCCAAGCACGAGGUUUUACCUCGACUCCUUCCGGAAUGGUAAUUAAUCCGUACUCAACGUUUCUCAUCAAGUCUGGUUCCGGAUAGUUUUGCUGGAAUGCAGCCUUGAAGAUCGACAAACCACUCCGUGAUAGUCCAAUGCCCCCAAUUGCCAGCUCUCGAACUGAACAACCGGACCCCUUACUCCAAAGUGCAUAGGCUAACCACGACCAACACUCAUCUUGCACAACCUGCAGGUUUGCUUGUUCAUCGACAUCCACCCACAAAGCCAGUCUACCAAACGAAGCGCCACUGGCGAGAGCAGCGCAAACCCCUGUAAACGUAUGAAACGAGCUGUCAAAGGCCAGACACAGCUUUCUAACAUGCCCUUGACGUUCAAUCAACGGAAUCUCGAUAUCUGUGCCGAUUGACGCACAUAAAGAACGACCACAAAUCAGUGUAGAGACGACAAAUCCAAUGUUCGUCAAUGCUAGCGGCUCUGUAUUUUGAUCCGAGUCCAGAACAUCAGCAAAAUUCAAGUAAAGAAAAGUCAAAUCAGCUCGACUCAGUACCACUGCGACUUCGAGGACGUCAGGGCUAGAAAAUUCGGUUCUGUCCAUAUAAGCACUAUGGAUCUCCAGCUCCAAUUCGGUAGUCGACAUCCGAGGUUUGCUCCAAAGUUUCAUCAGUACCAGCAGCAUCCAGUUAGUUGAGCAGCUGGAGGAGCUUCAAAGCGAAAUAAUGUGCCGAGGUGACGGGAGAAUUGCUGUGGACUGGCAGCUGGCUUGAUCUCGUCCGUGUUAUCUGCAGUAGUUUGCUCUCCACCCAUAGUUAUUAUACCAUAUCUGCCAGUCCAGUUAACAUCGUCCCGAAUCCAUCGCCCACCUUCUAAAUUCUGUAACCCCAUUGUCUCUAAUUUCUCCAUGGCUUGUCGAAACUCAAGCGAGGUUUCAAAUGGGUCGCGUGAACACAUGAAAAUAGCUCCCCAAGUUACAUCAGCUUCUGCUGGUAAAGUACCCACGAGACUGCACUUCCAAGUGGGGUACACGGUCGAGUGGGUACAUCGAUCGCCGAAAAGCAUGGGAUCCGGCGACAGCAGGUCAUCCAUGAGCUCUACGAAGGCACUAUUCUUGACAGCGGCGAGCAUAUUGAGCAGUUCCAUUCCCUGUCGCACUCGGUCCCCAUUUUCAAAGUUCGUCGAGAGUCUGACAUGCACUUUUCGGUAAGGCGCCACCUGGUGCGACUCGUCCCCCGAAGACAACCAGCUGCUGGUUGUCUUUCAGUGGUCUGCACACGCACGCUGAGAUCAUCAAAUGUGCGGAAUCCAUGGGCAGGAGGCUUCACUACGGCAUGAAGCGCGUCCAGCCACGGUUGCAGGAACGCCAACUCACCCAUAGCUUUGAGGCAAACUGGGUUGAUGAUAAGAUUAGGAUUUGUCCGAUUAAUUAAUCGAGCGGCA